AUCAUUAGUUAUUCGAGAGAAAUUCCAUCUAUUUGGUUAUACUGGUAUUGCUACCGUUCUUAGUAAUAUUGGGAAAGCUCUGCAUUGGCAAAGAAAGUAUGAUGAAGCUCUUGACUUCAAUCAACGAGCACUAACAGUUCGAGAGAACUAUGAUGCAACUAAUCAUGUUGGUAUUGUUGAUAAUCUGAUAAAUAUUGCCAAUGUUCUAAGAGACCAGGGAAAGUACAAUGAAGCUAUCGAGUUUCAACAACGAGCAUUGAUGAUACGAGAACAAUAUUAUCCUUCUGAUCAUGUAAACAUUGCUAAUAGUUUGAACAACAUCGCUACUAUUCUGAACAAACAAAGAAAAUAUGAUGAAGCUGUUGAGUUCUAUCAAAGAGUGCUGAGAAUCUACGAAAAAUGCUGUCCAUCGAAUCCUGUUGACAUUACUAAUGGUCUUAUCAAUAUUGCUGAUGUUCUGAGCAAACAAGAAAAAUACAAAGAAGCCAUUGAAUUUCAACAGAGAGCAUUAACAAUUCGAGAAGAAAAGUAUUCCUUUGAUCAUGAAAAAAUUGCGGAUAGUUUGAAUCGCAUCGGUGAUAUUCGAAUUAAUCAAAGAGAAUACAAUCUAGCACUCGACUGUUAUCAACGAGCCUUAAGAAUUCUCGAAAACUGUUAUCCAUCUGGUCAUGUUGAUAUUGCUGAGAAUCUGCAAUAUAUCGGUAUGACCCUAAUUAUGCAAGGAAAGUAUGAUGAAGCCUCCGAUUUCUGCCAACGAGCACUGACGAUUUAUAAACAAUAUUAUCCAUCCGGUCAUACAAAUCUUGCUACUUGUCUAAAUUCCAUUGGUAAUAUAUUUGGUAUCCAAGAAAAAUAUGAUGAAGCUCUCGAUUUUUAUUAUCAAGCGCUGGCAUUUUACAAGAAGGAUUCAUCCAAUCAUUCGAAUACCACUACUUAUCUGAACAAUAUAGCUGAAGUUUUCAAAAGACAAAGAAAAUAUGAUAAGGUUCUCGACUUUCAACAACAAGCAUUGACUGUUCUCAAAAGUAACUUGCCUAAUGAUCAGUUCAAAAUUGCUAGCAAUCUCAAGAAUAUCGGUGGUACUCUUUUUAAGCAAACAAAAUAUCAUGAAUCUCUCGACUCUUAUCAACAAGCAUUAAUCAUAUUCAAAGAAUAUUAUUCCCAUGAUCAUGUUGAAAUUGCUGAUUGCCUAUAUUGGAUUGCUGCUAAUUUCAAUAAAAAUUCUCAAUUCGAUCUAGCUAUUGAAUAUUUGGAAAGAUGUUUAUUAAUUAAAGAGGCCAAUCUACCUUCAAGAAGUCUCUCCAUCGCUAACGUACUUAAUUGUUUGUCACAAGUACAAAGAACGAGAGGACAGCAUCAACUCUCUCUUAUAUAUGAACAAAAUUGUUUGUUAAUGCGUCUCGAAGCUCUAUCACCAGAUCAUGAAGAUAUUGGUCAUAGUUUAUCAAACAUAGGUGAGAUUUACGAAAAACUUCAUAAAUCUAUGUUGGCACUUGAUUACUAUCAACAAGCAUUAGAUAUCUACAGGAAAUGUCUGUCUCCAUGGCAUGAUGAUCGAUGGAAGAUGGAAUUGAACAUUGAACGACUUUCGGAAGAACUUGGAAUAGAACUCGAUUGGUCAGAUUGA